AUGCGGCGUCAUAAAAAUGUCUCUGUCGGUUCUAUUCGUGGUAGGAGACUUCGAAGAGACGUGGGCAAGAGAGUUCCCCUGGCGCCCGCAAAUCCUCCAUCAGCGCCUAAGGUUCCGGAUAACCCGCCGAUUCCUAGAAAGGAGGCCCCUCAGGCAUCGGCAUCCAUUCGUGUGCCUGAUGACGCGCCUGGCCAUGAUGCUCUUCAGAAAGAGCCCUCGCAGAAAGAUCUCUCCAAGAAGGCACCAGUCUCUCCUCAGCUGCAGUCCCAGCCGCAGCCGGCCAAGUUAAAUGAACCGGCAAAACAGAAGCCCAACGUUUUCGACUUCCUCGACAAAGAUGACUCCGACGAUACUGAUGAUUCUAAGGAUUCCAACGAUUCUGACGACUCUGACGAUUCGGAUGACUCUGAUGACUCUGAUGACUCUGAUAAUUCUGGCAAGGCGGAUAAUUCUAAUGACUCCCAUGACUCCGUCGAUGCCCAUGACUCUGAUGAUUCCAACAGCUCUGGUGAUUCUAGCAGUUCUGACAAUGCCAAUGAUCCUCACGAUUCCCAUGAUUCCGAUGACUCCCAUAUUUCCAGUGAUAAACCUCUGUCUCAGGAUAGAGCAAAAGUCCCCAUUCCACUAAAUCAGGCUCGUCGUCUCGUAGGACGCCGACCCGACGCCCUUCGUACAGGGCGGAGGCCCCCUGUCAAACCCGCAGCUAGCAGCCGUCGCUGUGAUACUUCUGUAUCACAGACAGCAACCAGCCCUAGUCUGGUGUCCUCAUUGGUGUCUAAGACGUCAGCCAACUCGCAGCAACCCCCAACUCCACCAGAUGUAUCACCAGUGGCUAAUCCGUUACAAUUGAGCAAAAAACUCCCUCCAGCGCAAAUGCCACCAGCAACGGGGAUGUACGGUUAUCCGGCGCCCCAGAGUGACGCUUAUAUUCCUGCAGAAAACAGCGCAUCCUGGAACUUCUCUAUGCCGGAAGGCUACUAUGCUCCUCUACCACAGGACAAUGGCCCUGUGCGUAGACUGGAUACUCCUCCGUCCCGUUCAAGAAGCCCGGGUGAAUAUCCUCUCCACCGGAGUAGCCGAAAGCUGGCAAAGAGGCCCAAACGACAGCCCGUGAAAUCUGGGUAUGGGUUUCUCGCCUCUCAUCUGGCUCUGUCUCCAGACAACAGUGGCCCCCGAUUACCCCCGCUCUACCGAAGGUUUGAGAAUGUCAACCACCGUGUGCUUCUUCACCUCCAAGAUGAAAUUGCGCAGAUGGAAGAAGAUCUUCGGGCACUCGAUGAGUACGAAGAGAUGCAGCGUAUUGCUAUAGCAGAGAAGGAAGGCACAAGAGUCAUGCCAGCUUCGCGGCGUAUGGAUGUUCAAUCCCAAUUCCAUUCAUCGCUGCAUUACAGGCGCCUGGAACUCAUGGACACAUUGAUCCAUAAGACGGAGCAGUACAACAAUGCUCUCAGUGCUUACAGCAAAGUCCUUCAGACCCUCCACCCUGCUUCGGAGAAGGACAUCAACGCCUACCGUGCCUGGAUGAAGGCGAGACGUCCGAUUGCAAGCGUGGAAGCUCACUUCCUGGAAUACAACAAAGACCUCGUAUCUCUUGCUGCACCGCCAGCGCCAGCACCGGAGUUGGAGACUCCUCGCACUCCUAAUCGGACCACCACCUAUCCGCCCGGUGUCAUCGCAGCCGUGGCGAUCCUAUUGCCUUUGAUAUUAUUCGGAAUGGUGUCAGAGUUCACCGGACGUCUGGCUGUGGUGGUCGUUGUCGGCGGCGCCGUCGCUGCGAAUUGCCUAACAGAUCUGGAGCGUUUUACUAAUUCGCGAGAUGGGUGGAAGUAUGUUGCUAUAUAUUUCUGUAUUAUGACAAGCGCUGCCUUGUUGGUCCCUUGA